AUGGCCUAUCCUGAUGAAUAUGAAGACGACGGGGAUCUGGAACACGAUCUGCGCUGUCUAAACAAGCUGAUUGAUGUCUAUGGAAUAGAAGACAACGCCGAGUAUGAGGACAGGAAGGCUUUUGUCAGCCUACUUAAACAGCUGCUGCAGCUGGACGCCAGACAGAGGACAACUGCAGCCCGAGCUUUGAGACACCCGUUUGUGACAAUGUCACAUCUGAAGAAGAGCAGCAGCUCUUAUGUGACGGAGUCCCGAACACUGAUGAGCGUCUGUCCAGAGACAAUCCAGCAGUUGGAGACAGUGAGGACUUUAGUGGAGUGUCUCAAGAAGCUGAUUCCUCCAGUGAUGGUGGGACCUUCAGUGGUGGAGCUGCAGCUGGUGGGACCUUCAGUGGUGGGGCUGCAGAUGGUGGGACCUUCAGUCUUGGAGCUGCAGCUGUGGUGA